UAACCGCCAACGCCCUGGAGGUUCUACGACAGCAAACUCGUUCAAUUGCCGCCCUCAAGAGGAAAUCUCAACUCAAGUUGUCGAAAUGGAGCGAAGCGAACACCGGCGAAGAAGGCGAAGACGAAGGAAAAAAACUUCAUUUUGUGAGUCCUGCCCGGCGGAAAUCGGUGCUGGCCCCGAUCCUAAAUAAGAUCAAAAAUGGCACGGAUGCGGCGGACAGUGCCGAGAAGAAACUGGGAAGCGAGAGCAGCGGCAGUGGACACAUUGCGGUGCAAAUUGAGCCGGCACGGCGGGUCAAGCGUCACAGCAUCCACGGCAUGAUGGAGGAGGAGAACACCAUUCGGCCCCAUCAGGAGAUCCGACAGCUGACGCUGGAGGAGAAGAAGUUCCUGCUGGCGGUGGAGCGGGGCGACAUGGCCGGCACCCGAAGGAUGCUACAAAAGGCCCAGGACACGGACUACAUAAACGUGAACUGCGUGGAUCCUUUGGGACGCACCGCCCUCCUAAUGGCCAUCGAUAAUGAGAACCUGGAAAUGGUCGAGCUCCUGAUCAACUACAAUGUGGACACCAAGGACGCACUCCUGCACUCCAUUUCCGAGGAAUUUGUCGAGGCUGUGGAGGUGCUCCUGGACCAUGAAAAUGUUACUUUCCACAGCGAAGGCAAUCAUAGCUGGGAGUCCGCUUCGGAGGACACAUCGACUUUUACGCCGGACAUUACGCCCCUGAUCCUGGCGGCUCACCGGGACAACUAUGAAAUCAUUAAGAUUCUGCUGGAUCGAGGAGCCGUCCUUCCGAUGCCGCAUGAUGUGCGCUGUGGUUGUGACGAGUGCGUCCAGUCCAGGCAGGAGGACUCUCUUCGGCACUCCAGGUCCCGGAUCAACGCCUACCGGGCUCUGGCCAGCCCCAGUUUGAUAGCCCUCUCCUCCAAGGACCCUAUUCUGACGGCCUUUGAGUUAUCCUGGGAACUGCGUCGACUCAGCUUUCUCGAGCACGAAUUUAAGAAUGAGUACCAGGAGCUGCGCAAGCAGUGCCAGGACUUUGCCACCGCCCUGCUGGACCACACUCGCACCUCCCACGAGCUGGAGAUCCUGCUCAACCAUGAUCCCACCGGUCCGGUGUACGAGCACGGCGAAAGGAUGCAUUUAAACCGCCUGAAGUUGGCCAUAAAGUUGCGACAGAAAAAGUUUGUGGCCCACUCCAAUGUUCAACAGCUGCUGGCCAGCAUUUGGUACGAAGGAUUGCCUGGUUUUCGACGAAAGAACAUGGCCCUCCAGGCAGUGGACAUCAUAAGGAUUGGCAUCAUGUUUCCCAUCUUCUCCCUGGCCUACAUCCUGGCACCCUAUUCCAGCAUUGGACAGACCAUGCGAAAGCCCUUCAUCAAGUUUAUUUGUCACAGCGCCUCGUACUUUACUUUUUUGUUCCUUUUGAUGCUGGCCUCUCAAAGGAUCGAGACGUUUAUUGGCGGCUGGUUCUUUGCCGACACUUCAGGGCUGCUGAACAAGGUGGAGGAGGUGGAGGUGCCCACCAAACGCGGUGCCAAGCCCACCUUCAUCGAGUGGCUGAUCCUGGCCUGGGUCAGUGGACUCAUCUGGAGCGAGGUGAAGCAGCUGUGGGACGUGGGUCUCCAGGAGUAUCUGAAUGACAUGUGGAAUGUGAUUGAUUUUGUCACGAACUCCCUGUAUGUGGCCACGGUGGCUCUCAGGGUGGUGUCCUUUUUUCAGGUUCAGAAGGAAAUGAUCUUUAAUUCACAUGCCACUGAUUUGCCGCGAGAGCGAUGGGAUGCCUGGGAUCCGAUGCUCAUAUCUGAGGGCCUGUUCAGUGCGGCGAACAUCUUCAGUAGCCUGAAGUUGGUUUACAUAUUCUCCGUAAAUCCGCAUUUGGGGCCACUGCAGGUGUCGCUGUCCCGGAUGGUGAUGGACAUUAUGAAAUUCUUUUUCCUCUAUGUCCUGGUGCUUUUUGCCUUUGGAAGUGGUCUAAAUCAAUUGCUAUGGUACUAUGCGGAUCUGGAGAAGAAGCGUUGCCCAGAGGUUUCACCAAUGAGUGCUUUACUCAACAUGAAUGGCACUAAUGAUCCCAAUGCUUGUAUAGUUUGGCGAAGAUUCUCCAACCUUUUUGAAACCACACAAACCCUAUUUUGGGCAGUGUUCGGCCUGAUCGACUUGGACAGCUUUGAAUUGGAUGGCAUUAAGAUCUUCACUCGUUUUUGGGGAAUGCUGAUGUUUGGUACUUACUCGGUGAUCAAUAUUGUGGUCCUGCUCAACUUGCUCAUAGCUAUGAUGAAUCAUUCCUAUCAACUUAUAUCGGAACGAGCUGAUGUGGAGUGGAAGUUUGCUCGCUCCAAACUUUGGAUUAGUUACUUUGAGGAGGGUGGCACUUGUCCUCCGCCCUUCAAUAUCAUCCCCACUCCCAAGUCCAUUUGGUAUGCCGGCAAGUGGAUACGUCGUGUAUUUUGUAGUGGAUCCUCUGCAGCUCGCCGAGAGCAUUUAAAAACUAUACGACGAAAAGCUCAGCAGGCCAGCGAUCGCGACUUUAAAUAUCAGCAAAUAAUGCGAAAUCUGGUAAGGCGUUAUGUAACCGUGGAGCAGCGCAAGGCAGAGUCCCAAGGUGUCACAGAGGACGAUGUCAAUGAGAUCAAACAGGACAUCUCGGCUUUCCGAUGCGAGUUGGUGGAAAUACUGAAAAAUAGUGGAAUGGACACAAAUGUCACGGCUGGUCAAGGUGGUGGCGGGGGAAAAAAGAAUCGCCAAAAGGAGCGCCGCCUGAUGAAGGGCUUCAACAUAGCCCCGCCUGGCUCCACUGGAUCCCUGGCUCCUGUGGCAGAGUUCUCCACAUCCCUUGACAACUAUGAUAAUCAGCACGAGAUUUUGAGCUCCACAUUGUCUACUUUGUUUACACCCAACUUCAUGCAUAAGCGACAGCAAAGUCAGGCUGGCAGUGGAGGCGGAGGAUCCGGGGACUCACCCACCUCGCCCACUCAGGGUGUUCAGGGGACGGCCUUGGGGGUCACUGGCCAAAUCGCCACAAAGUACAACAAGUCCGCAUUAAAGCCUUACAACAAACGCAUUGCAGGACACAAAAAGAGAUGGGGCACCCUAAUAGAAGCCGCCAAGGUGGGCAAUGUGAGUAAGAUGUUGGGUCGCUCAAAGUCCGAAGAUUCGGUUUGCAAUUCCUCCCACGCAUCCACACCGGUUCAUGGGCAAACGAGGGUCUCCUAUGCCCAAAAUUCCACCCAGCAAGGAUACGGAUACCACGGAGAGUCAAAUAGUUCCACAACUCCUUCGGUGGGCAGCAGUUCACCAGCUACAGCCUCUACAGGAUCGGCAGGACAUAUGAGCGUGGGCACACAUUUCUUUCAUACAACAAGUGGACUCACUGCCAUUGCUGCUCUGAAACGAAAACGUAAAAAGUUUUCCUCAAGCAAAAAUAUUUGUCCUGUUACGGAAUCAGUGGCGGCUGCCAAUGCAGCUGAAAUACUAAGUGAUAAGACCCUUAAACGGGUUUCUAGCUAUCCGGCAGCCGAGGCCGGAGUACAAAACAAGGAUCCAGCUCAGUUGGUGAAGCCGAGGCGACACGAACAGACCCAAAGCCAGCACGAUUCGGUGGAGACAUCGACCUUUACGCUGUCCAUUGAUCCAUCCAAUACUUCUGUGAAUUCUCGGGAACCAUUGAUCAGCAAUAGUUGUGUAUCCAACACGGGAGCCAUUGGCUAAGGAUUGGCCCAAAAAAAAAAAAAUACCAAAGAAAGUCAGCUAAUUUUUUGGAAAAGCGCAACAAAAAGCAUAUUAUACAAAAACAAUACUAUACAGACACAAGUUGUUGGCAGUUUUGAUAUGAAGACACUUAACCAGAGAAAGCUAAAACUAACCAAAGAAUCUAAAAUUCAACCAACACAGCCUAGAUCGUAAAGAACCUCACCUCGAUUAGAAAUAAAUAUCAGAAAACCAAAAA